AUGGCUUUAGCACUAUCAAAUCUUUUCUUUUUGCUUCUUGUUCUGUUGCUACCAUAUUCCACCACUGCUCAAAUUUCCAGAAACCAAUCUCUAGGAUCAUCUCUUACUACACAAGAAAAAGAUUAUUACUGGGCAUCGCCUUCUGGUGACUUUGCUUUUGGUUUCCAACAAAUUGGAAAAGGAGGCUAUCUACUAGCCAUUUGGUUCAACAAAAUACCUGAAAAAACCAUUGUUUGGUCAGCCAAUAGAGAUAAUCUUGUGCCAACAGGAUCCAAAGUUGAACUUACCAAAGAUGGCCAAUUUGUACUCAGUGACCCAACAGGAAAAGAGAUAUGGAAGCCUCCGUUAGACCGUUUAGGAGUUGCUUAUGCAGCCAUGCUUGACACUGGAAACUUUGUGCUGGCAAGCCAGGACACUGUGCAUUUGUGGCAGAGUUUUGAUCAUCCAACUGACACAAUGUUACCUACACAGAAGAUGAGUCUGGGCAGCAAGCUUGUUGCUCGUUACUUGGAAGGGAAUUACUCCAAUGGAAGGUUCCAGUUCACGCUGAAAUCAGACGGAAAUCUUGCGCUUCAAACUAGAGCUUACCCCAUGGAGCAUCCUUAUGUUGAUUAUUGGCCCAGGCCAGAAGAAUUUGUAGGCAGCGGCUUUCAGGUGGUCAUUAACAAGUCUGGCUCUAUAAACUUUAUAGCAAGAAAUGGAAGCAUAGUUAAAAUGAUAUCGUCAAGUCCUGUUUCUACGCAGGACUUCUAUCAAAGAGCACUCAUGGAAUAUGAUGGUGUUUUAAGGCAUUAUGUCUACCCAAAAAGCAGCUCGGUGAGUUGGCCUAUGACUUGGUCUCUUUUUCCGUCAAGCUUCAUACCUUCAAAUUUAUGCAAUUUUGUGAUCACAGAACAUGGUGGUGGAGCUUGUGGGUAUAAUAGCUACUGCAGACAAGGAGAUGAUCUAAGACCAAAAUGCCUAUGCCCAGAUGGAUACUCCUUCAUUGAUCCAGAUGAUGUUUUGAAAGGUUGCAAACAGAACUUUCUUUCACAAAGUUGUGAUGAAGCAUUUCCAGAAUCGGAUCUUUUUUAUUUUAAGUCCAUGCUGAAUACAGAUUGGCCUGGCUGGACUGAUUAUGAAUACUUUUCAGGCCAAACUGAGGAUUCGUGCAGAAUACCUUGCUUGGGUGAUUGCUUCUGUGUUGCCGCAGUUUAUGAUGGUCAGUACUGUUGGAAGAAGAAAUUUCCUCUCUCAAAUGGGAGGAUAGAUUCCAAUUUUAAAGGAACAACUCUGAUCAAAAUAAGAAAGGAAAAUUCUACUUUGAAGCCUCCAACUGCAUUAUUGAAGAAGAAAGGUAACUCAACUGUGAUACUCAUUGUGUCAGUGCUCCUCAGCAGCUCAGUGUUUCUGAACUUACUCUUCAUGUUGGCUGCCUUUUUGCCUGUUUUUCGUUUCAAAUAUUGGAAACCAAAGGCCCUUCAACCAUACCCAAUCAUGCCAGGCAUGAAUUUGCGAAGUUACACUUAUGAGGAACUAACAGAAGCCACAAAUGGGUUCAAGGAAGAGUUGGGGAAGGGUGCCUUUGCAAAAGUUUAUAAAGGGGUUCUAGGAUUUGAGGAUAGAAAAUUAAUUGCUGUUAAAAGGUUAAAUAAUAUGGUGAGAGAAGGUGAUUUGGAGUUCAAUGCUGAAGUGAGUGCUAUCGGCAGAACAAACCACAGAAAUUUGGUCCAACUGCUAGGAUUCUGCAACGAGGGGCAGCACCGGCUUCUCGUAUAUGAAUUCAUGAGCAAUGGUUCUUUAGCGAGCUUCCUUUUUGGGGGUUCACGGCCAAAUUGGUACCAAAGAAUUCAAAUAGCAUUAGGAAUUGCAAGAGGGCUCUUUUACUUGCAUGAAGAAUGCAGCACCCAAAUCAUACAUUGUGAUAUCAAGCCACAGAACAUCCUCCUAGAUGACUCUUUUGCAGCUAGAAUUUCUGACUUUGGAUUAGCCAAGCUUUUGAAAAAGGACCAGACUCGAACUACUACUGGGAUUAGGGGAACUAAAGGGUAUGUAGCCCCUGAAUGGUUUAGAAAAAUUCCUGUUACCGUCAAGGUGGAUGUUUAUAGCUUUGGCAUUUUGUUGCUAGAGCUUGUUUGUGGUAGGAAGCAUUUUGAAGCAGAGGAACAGGAUGAGAAUUUGAUGAUACUGGCUGAUUGGGCAUAUGAUUGCUAUACAGACAGGAAACUGGAUUUGUUAGUGGAGAAUGAUGAGGAGGCAAUUCAUGACCUGAAGACAGUGAAGAAAUAUGUGAUGAUUGCAAUAUGGUGCAUUCAGGAAGAUCCAUUGCUAAGGCCAACAAUGAAGAAAGUGGUACAGAUGAUGGAAGGAGCUGUUGAAGUCUCAGUUCCUCCAAAUCCAUCCUCAUUUAUUAGUUCAAUCUAAAUCCUUUAAUAUAAUUAAGUUUCUAGCUUUAUUAAGUCAUUAUUCAUGUUUAACAAUCAAUACU